AUGAUUUUACCAUCGAUUUCUAUUACUCAUUUUGUAUGUAAUGCUAUUCUUGGAACUUCUCAUGUCGUGAAUCUUGAACGUCAACACCAAAAAGUGGCCGAAGAGAUCGUAUUCUUGCUGAAGUCAACCGAUUAUUCAGAAAUUGAUGUGGAUCAUGAAGAUGUUCUCGAAUUUUGUGACGAUCCGAGUGAUCCAGGUGAUAUUUUUUUUGUGGAAAAAAUUAUAAGUUUUUUCAAGAUUACGAUCCCAACAUGGAAGAUCAAGAGGCAUCUGAUGGUGGAAAAGCAAAACUAGUGCGAUUCGGUGAUCAAUUAAUUGAACCUGAAAGAGUACAAGAAGCUGUUGAUUUUUGGUCGUCCACCACCGGAAAAUCAAGCAAUGGUGGAAAAAAGAGAAGAAGUCUUGGAACAAUGAAUCAUCGAUUCCCCUUCAUCAAGAAAGAAAGUCACCUCGCCCAACUACGAGUGUAUGAAAGAGAAGGUAAUUUUUCAUGAUGAAAAAAACAAAAAAUAAUUUAAAAAUAAUAGGAAAAGUUGGAGUCGAUCGACGGAACGCUAUGAUUUUCAUUUCCAAAGAAUUAUCAAUUCGUGUGAAAGAAGAGUUGAAAAAAUGCAACAUUCUACACGACAGAGAUCUCCGAAUCAUGGCAUUGAAAAUUCAAAAAGAGAAUGGGCUCAAUUUUGAUUUUAAAUUUUCUGAUUCAUGGAUUCUUGCAUGGAAAAGGGGUCAUGGAAUAAGAUCGCGAAGAAUAACAAAAUUCGUUGCGAGAAGAAAUUUGGUCAAUCAAGACGAGAUUCAAAAGAAAUCCGACGAUUUUGUCGCCUCUGCAAUUAUCAAAAUGGCAUCCUAUUCGAAAUCUGAUGUUUUUAACAUGGACCAGUCUGGAUUCCAGUAUGAGAUGUUCACCAAGAGAACAUUGGCUCAAAAGGGUUGCAAGAAAGUGUUUGGUUGCGCUAAUUCAACUAGCGCCACUACACAUUCUUAUACAAUCCUACCGUUGGUAUCAGCUGCUGGAAAACUUCAUAAAACGGUGUUUGUUGUUUUACAAGAAUCAAAAGGUGUAUUUCCUGCAAAAGGUCAUUUCAUGGCACCGAAUUUGGUUGUUAGAGCAGGAAAAUCGCAUAUCAUGACGAAACAACACAUGAUCCAAUUUUUCAAUGAAGUAGUUUUUUCAAGCACCAUGCCUGAUAAGCUUCUUUUAAUUGGUGAUGCUUGGCCAUGUUGGAAAGAUUCAUCUGCUAUAGAUUCGGUAAAACCAGCGAAUAAAUCAUAUGAAAUGAUGCUGAUACCACCUGGAUGCACGGGAAUGAUUCAACCCUUGGAUGUUGGUGUUUUUUAUCACUACAAAAAACUCGUCAAAGAGUUCCAAGCUUUCGCGCAACGAGAACAUCCAGAGUUCAAACCCCAUCAGCGAGAUAUUUGAUUUCUCUUGUUUUUUCUCCAUCUAUAUACUUUGUUUUACAUUUAUUGCAUGAAUUCAAGCUUUUUUUCAAAAAUCUACAGUAAUCCAAAAAAAACAAAAAAAAUGUUGCAAAAAAUAUCGAACCCGCAUAGCGUUACCCCAAAGACCAGCACACUACCACUGUGCUAGGCGCUUCACAUUUUUAAUGGUGUUUAUUUCUCUCCAGUAUUUCGCUUUUUUUCUUGCCGAAAAAUGCAUUUGCGUGACCCAAUUUUAGAUUGCGUCAAACAUUUCUCACAGGUCCAUUGGGAGACUAAAAAUUUGAGAGACUCAUUUUUAUCCGUAUAUCAAUGUACUGUAAAAAUUUCAUCAUGAUUUGAAGUGUUGAGUAAAAAAGGUUCCCUUGUGAAAAUUUUCCACGUCAUAGCUAAAAAUUUCACAAAUUCUAGAUUUUUGACUGAAAUUUCUCUAAAAAUCAGAAAAAUUGAUUUUUUUUACGUAAUUCUUGAAUUUUACACUAAAAAAUCUGGAAUUUUGGAAUCUUCAGAAUUUUCUGCCACGUCAUAGCUCAAUGUUCCGAAUUUUGCACAAAUUGUGGAUUUUCGGCUUAAAUUUAAUUAAAAAUUAGAAAACAUCGAUUUUCUUGAAUUUUACACUAAAAAAUCUGGAAUUUUGCCACGUCAUACCUCAAAAUUUCAGAUUUUUUCUAGAAAUUAUAAAUUUUGGCUUAAAAUUUAGAAAAAAUCGAUUGUUUUCCAAUGAAAACUGUAAAAUUUGAAAAUCUGUAAUUUUCUGAAACCAAGCCUUCUAAAAUCUGAAUUUUUCGAAAAUUUCAAAAUUUGCCACGUCAUAACUCAUAGAAAAAGUGGGCGUGGCUUUGAAAUGCAACCUCACCGCACAGAAAAUUUUCAAAAAAUAAUUCAUUUUUCCAGGCCAUUUUCUACCGCGCCUGCACAUUUUCCUACGGUCUUCUGGAUAUUGCAUGGAUCACAGUUCAAGCGUUCGCCGAAGAGCCAAAAGAGCCGAUGAUGAUGUAUACGGACGGGAGUAUUUGUACUGUAAAUGAUAUGUCGUAUGGUUGGGAUGAUGAGGAUGAUAUUGAUGCGGAUGGCAAGAAAAAGUGAGCAAUUUUUGGAGCAUUUUGAGGGAAAGAUCGUGGAAUUUGUAGCAUUUUGACACCAAACACGUGUUUUUUUUUUGGGGGGAAAUCGAUAUUUGAAUAUUUAUCUGAAAAACCAUGUUCCUUUAAACCUACAGUACUCCUAUGAUCCUUUAAAGCUAUUUUUGAACACUAAAAAAAUUCAAUAACCAUGUUCCUUUAAACUACAGUACUAUUGAAGCUCUAAAAUGUUCAAAAAACAUUUCCAUGUUUCUUUAAACCUACAGUACCCCUGGAAUCCCACAUUUUUCCAGAUAAAUUAGAAAAAAAAAAUUAAAACCAUGUUCCUUUAAAUCUACAGUACUCUUGAAGCUUGAAAAUGUUUUUAAAAAACAUUUCCAUGGUCCUUUAAACCUACAAUACUAUUGAAGCUUAAAAAAUGUUUUUGAAACAUAUUUCUAUGUUCCUUUAAACCUACAGUACCCCUGGAAUCCCAUAUUUUUCCAGAUAAAUUAGGAAAAAAAAUUAAAAAUCAUAUUCCUUUAAACCUACAGUACCCCCGGAACCCCAUAUUUUUCCAGGUAAAUUAGAAAAAAAUUUAGAAACCAUGUUCCUUUAAACCUACAGUACCCCUGGAACGUUACGAAAAAAUGGUAUGAUCCUUCAAGUUCUUCUAGCCUUUUUUUUGAAAAUUAAACAAAAAGCCCAUGUUCCUUUAAACCUACAGUACUCUUAUAAUUUUUUUUUAAUUCUAUGAUCCUUUAAAGUUGUUUUUGAACACUAAAAAAUUAAAAACCAUGUUCCUUUAAACCUACAGUACCCUUUAAACUGAACUACAGUACUCCUAGAAUCCUAUAUAUUGGAAAAUCGUACUUUCAGUACUUCUAGAUUGUUUUUUUGAACUUAAUAAAAAAAAAUUAAAGACCAUGUUCCUUUAAACCUACAGUACUCUUAGAAUGUUACGAAAACAUCUUAUGAUCCUUUAAGUUCCUAAAUUCAAAGUCCAUGUUCCUUCAAACCUACAGUACCCCCCAUAAUUUUCCAGAUUAUUCUUCAAUUUCGUCAACCGCUUGCACGCGGCAGUUUGCGGUCCCCUACGUCGCAUGAAAAUGACGCACGUCGAAUACGCGGCCCUCAAAGCGUUGUGCAUCUGGAAACUGGGCUACUGUGAAUAUACGCAAAAAAUCCGAAGUGUCGGCAAAGAACACGAAGAGGGCGUGCUGAUUGGCCUACGCAAUUAUUAUGAGGAUUAUUAUUCGGAAGAUGAGAUGUGCGAACGGCAGGGAAAUUUGAUAUUGCUCAUGGGAACUAUUUUUGUGAGUUUUUUGGGAUGUUUGGAGCUAUGACGUGGUGAAAAUUCCGGAUUUUUUGGUGUAAAAUUCGAAAUUUAUGGAAAAAAAUCGAUUUUUCAGGAUAAAAAAUCUAGAAAGAUUGAUUUUUUUCUGAAAAUUUUGAAUUUUACACUAGAAAAUCUGGAAUUUUCAGAAUCUUUAGAUUGUUUGCCACCUCAUAGCUCAUUUUUUCUAAAAUUCUAGAUUUUUAGUUUAAAUUUCAAAGAAUUUCAAAGAUCACGGAAAAAUCGGUUUUGUAGUCAAAUUUGAGCAAAAAAUCUAGAUUUUUUGAAAUUUGAGCUAUGACGUGGAAAAAUUCCGGAUUUUUUGGUGUAAAAAUUUGUUUUUGAGAAAAUUGAUUUUUCAGUGAAAUUCGGUUGAAAAAUCUAGAAAAAUUGAUUUUUUCUGUAAAUUUUGAAUUUUACACUAGAAAAUCUGGAAUGUUUGCCACGUCAUAGCUUAAAAUCUCAAAAAUUCUCGAUUUUUGGCUCAAACUUCAAUAAAAAUCUAGAAAAAUUGAUUUUUUUUGGUAAAUUUUGAAUUUUAAAUUAGAAAAUCUGGAAUUUUCAUAAUCUUUAGAUUGUUUGCCACGUCAUAACUUAAAUAGUUGGAAUUUUUUGAAAAAUUCUCGAUUCUCAAAAUUUCAAUAGAAAUCUAGAAAACUUGAUUUUUCACGCAUUUUUGAAUUUUACACUCGAACAUCUGGAAUUUUCAGAAUCUGUGGAUUUUUUGCCACGUCAUAGCUUAGGAUUUCAAAAAAUCUCGAUUUUUGUGUCAAAUCUCGAAGAUCACGGAAAAAAUUGGCUUUUCAGUGAAUUUUUCAGCCAAAAAUCUAGAAUUUUUGAAAAUUUGAGCUAUGACGUGGCAAAACUUCCUGAAAUUUUGGUUCAAAAUUUAAAAAUUACGUGAAAAAUUAAUUUUUUUGGAUUUUCAGUGAAAUUUUGAGCCAAAAAUCGGGGAUUUUUGAGAAUUCUGAAAAUUUGAUCUAUGACGUGGCAAAAAUUCCAGAAAAUUCAAAAAAUUACAUGAAAAAUUAAUUUUUUCGGAUUUUUAGUGAAAUUUGAGCCAAAAAUCUAUAAUUUUUGAAAAUUUGGAGCUAUGAAGUGGCAAAAAUUCCAGAUUUUCUAGAGUCAAAUUCAUAAUUUUUAUUUUCUCCAUAAAAAAUCGAUUAUUACUGAAAUUUGAGCGGAAAAAUUGAACUAUGACGUGGCAAAUUCCCAAAUUUUUCCAGGAAAUGAAUCAAUUAAUAAUGGAGACCUACAAAUCGGCUGAACUAUUUGCGCUCUUCAAAAUCGACACACUUUCAAAAGAACUUCUUUCACUAUAA